CAAAUCGCUCUCCGCCUCCACGCCCAACUUUUGUCUCAUUUGGCUCCGGUCAUUACUGCACACCCUUUUGGUACUCAUUCAUCUUCUCGCGCGGCGGUCUCUCCUCCAGUCGAUGGAGCCAGUUCCCUCGCCAAUCCAAGCCGCUGCUCACGCCCAGCAACGCAGAAUGCAGCACGCAUCCAACACUGGAAGUACCGGCUACGGCCAUCAUCAGUACAACACCGCUGGACAAGAUCAGUCGCAUCAACAGUACUUCAACCCAGCCAUGAUGACUGGCAUGGACCAACACUCGCGAAACAUGAGCAUGGACAGCGCUGGUAGUGGAUCGCACUACAUGCACCUGCCCCCAAUCAGCGGAGGCUACGGUGCUCACGGCGGCAACGCUUCUAGCACAGCUACUGACAGCUCCCACAACACCACAACUGCUAGCCACUCGUACGAUGGUCAACACAGGUCUCCUCGCUUGGCAGGCCAGGCUUACGGCGCAAAUUACCCACAAGGAGCUGGCUAUCCCCAAGGAUACGGACAGGCUGGCUACCAAGCGGCUGGAUACGGUUACACCGGACCGCACCAACACCAAAUGCAAUACGGCGCUCCACAAGGCUAUGCCGGCUACCCUUACGCGCACUAUCCCCAGCAAGGAGUGCACCCGCACCAUGCUGGAACAGUCUCAGGUCAGCAUGGUCUUAACACUGCCGCAUUGACAGGUCAAGGACAAGCCGGUGUCACCCCUGCCGCUGCUGGCGCUGCUGCUGCUGCAGGUGGUAAAGCUGAUGGCGCUGCUGCGACGGGCAAAAAGCCCAGAGGCAAGAAGGCCCAAGCGGCUGCCGCCGCCGCUGCUGCAGCUGCUGCUGCACCUCCCCCGCCAGUCGCCCCAGCCAGUGGCAAAGCUUCUGGAAAGAAGUCCACGAAGGCCGCUAAGCAGGCCGCUCAGCCAUAUCAGGCCCCUCCGCCUCCCGCUCCUGCGCCAAAAGAGGCCAAGAAGCCCAAGGAGAAGAAGAAAGAAGAGAAGAAACUGCUUGCCUCAUCGACAGCUCCCAAGCCUCUGAGGUCGAAGCUGAAGCCGCCCAAACAAGCACCCUCGGCUUGGCAGGUGUACUUUACCGAGGAGCUGCAACGCAUGAAGGCAGACAAUCCUGGACAGCGCCUAAAUGUCGCGCACGUCGCCAAAGACGCUGGUCAGCGAUACGCUGCGCUACCAGACUCGAAGAAGAAGGAGUUCCAGGACAAGUCGCACGAGCUCAAAGUGGAGUGGGAGCGUGACAUGGAGGUCUGGAAACAGACUCUCACGCCCGAGGAUAUCAAGCAAGAGAAUGCGUACCGAACAGCGCAGAGGAAAGCGGGCAAGAGCCGCAAAGGAAAUCUGAAGGACCCGCACGCGCCCAAGAAGCCGCUCAGCGCGUACUUUUUGUUCCUUCGCGCAAUCCGUGCCGACCCGCGUCUCAUGCAGUCCGUCUUUGAGGGCGAGACGGAGACCACCAAGCAGAGCGUCCUUGCUGCAUCCAAGUGGCGCAGCCUGUCCGACACGGAGAAGCAGCCGUACCUGGACAAGGCGGAGGCGGACAAGGCCAAUUACGAGCGAGCUCGUAGAGAGUAUGACGAGGCGAAUGGCAUUGCACCAUCUGCGCCCAAGAAAGCUCGAUCGGGCAAGAAGGAAGAAGCCUCGUCUGCAGAGGCCGACGAACAGUUGACGGGCAUGAACGAUGCAUCCCCUUUCAACCAGAUCGAAGGCUUUGCGGACAGCUUCCCCAACGUCGAGGAGCCGUUCAAGGUCGGCGCAUAAUCUCAAAACGCGCUCGCGGCUCCUCUUUCUCCCUCUUGCGCUUUGGCUUUCAGCGUCGACUCUUCUUUACGCUGUGCUGACGGAAAAUUUGGCUCCGCACCUCACUCUAUUGUA